UGUCAGUGACUUCCUCCGUAAGAUGCCAACUUCAGCCUAUUACGGUGCUCACAUCACUUUUCAACUGAGUGCAUUAAUUCUUUCCUUGCCUUCCCGUAUGCUUGUGUAAAAGUCUUCACAGCAGCUGCAGUAUUCUUCAGAGAACUCUAAAAAGCCUCACAAAGGCCUGUACCUCACAAAGCACAAAUUACUGGGGUUUGAUUGCCUGGCAUGCUGAUCAGCAUCAUUUUGUUUCCUUGGACGUCACUCCGUUUUUUUGUGUCUAGAUUGGAAAAGUUUUGUGAUAAGGGUCAGUGUUCUUAUUGUUUGCCUUGGGAAUAAUGGCCACUGUACAGCCUGGGCAAUGGGUGACGUUCUUGGCAGAAAUGAUGGUACAAACAGUAAAAACAUUAAACAAGGAAUUGAGUCUUGGUAGUGUAAUGAAAUUCAGGAUGCAAAAUGAGAGAAGCUGUUUUCUGAAGCAUGAGGAAACAACUUUUACGAAGUAUAAUGGUGCUUGUAACUGGACACCAUGCCUCUUCCGGAAACCAUGUUCUGUGCUCAGCAGAUCAAAAUCCCCCCAGAGCUACCUGAUAUUCUGAAGCAAUUUACUAAAGCUGCUAUUAGGACUCAGCCUUUUGAUGUUUUGCAGUGGGCAGCUGCGUAUUUUUCAGCCUUGUCUAAAGGUGAACCCCUUCCUGUGAAGGAGAGGCUGGAAAUGCCUUUAGCAGUAGAGAAAAAAGAUGCUGGUUUGACCCCAGGACUCCUUAAGGUGUUGCACAAACAGCUUUCUUCCAAAGGCACAGUGACCAUUGCAGAACUGAGGGAAAAAUGGAAGCAUUUGGGCUUGCCAGAGGAGCAACUGGGAGCUAUCCUGCAACUGGACAAUUUUGGUGAGGAGGUGGAAUGGAUGAAGUUUCUGGCACUUGGGUGCAGCGUGCUUGGUGAGUCCUUACUGACUUCCCUGAAACAGGCUUGCGAGAUCCUAACAAGAGACCCAGAAGGUGGAGCUGCUCGAAUUCCCUUCGAAACAUUCUCAUUCCUUUAUUUGUAUUUGGCCGAUAUUGAUGGAGAGAUAUCAAAGACAGAAACUACAGCAUUCCUCCUAGGAAUUAAAGAACAAGCGGACAAACACUCUGGCAUGGUCCUGAUCAGACACUUCCUGCCAUACUCCUUCAUAUUUUAUUGAUCAACCCUACUCUUCAGCAUGAGGUGAGAGGGAAAAAAAAAGGAAGGAAUAAAUAAGUUCAAGAAAAUAA